AUGUCUGAGGGUAUCGGAGGGAGUCAGAGGGUAUCGGAGGGAGUCAGAGGGUAUCGGAGGGAGUCAGAGGGUAUCAGAGGGAGUCAGAGGGUAUCGGAGGGAGUCAGAGGGUAUCAGAGGGUAUCGGAGGGUAUCGGAGGGAGUCAGAGGGUAUCGGAGGGUAUCGGAGGGAGUCAGAGGGUAUCGGAGGGAGUCAGAGGGUAUCGGAGGGAGUCAGAGGGUAUCGGAGGGUGUCAGAGGGUAUCGGAGGGAGUCAGAGGGUAUCAGAGGGAGUCAGAGGGUAUCGGAGGGAGUCAGAGGGUAUCAGAGGGUAUCGGAGGGUAUCGGAGGGUGUCAGAGGGUAUCGGAGGGUGUCGGAAGGUAUCGGAGGGUGUCAGAGGGUAUCGGAGGGAGUCAGAAGGUAUCGGAGGGAGUCAGAGGGUAUCGGAGGGUGUCGGAAGGUAUCGGAGGGUGUCAGAGGGUAUCGGAGGGUGUCGGAAGGUAUCGGAGGGUGUCAGAGGGUAUCGGAGGGAGUCAGAAGGUAUCGGAGGGAGUCAGAAGGUAUCGGAGGGUGUCGGAAGGUAUCGGAGGGUGUCAGAGGGUAUCGGAGGGAGUCAGAAGGUAUCGGAGGGAGUCAGAGGGUAUCGGAGGGUGUCGGAGGGUAUCGGUGGUAUCAGAGGGUGUCAGAGGGUAUCGGAGGGAGUCAGAGGGUAUCAGAGGUAUCGGAGGGUGUCAGAGGGUAUUGGAGGGUGUCAGAGGGUAUCGGAGGGUGUCGGAGGGUAUCGGUGGUAUCAGAGGGUGUCAGAGGGUAUCGGAGGGAGUCAGAGGGUAUCAGAGGUAUCGGAGGGUGUCAGAGGGUAUCGGUGGUAUCAGAGGGUGUCAGAGGGUAUCGGAGGGAGUCAGAGGGUAUCAGAGGUAUCGGAGGGUGUCAGAGGGUAUCGGUGGUAUCAGAGGGUGUCAGAGGGUAUCGGAGGGAGUCAGAGGGUAUCAGAGGUAUCGGAGGGUGUCAGAGGGUAUCAGAGGUAUUGGAGAGUGUCAGAGGGUAUUGGAGGGUGUCAGAGGGUAUCAGAGGUAUUGGAGGGUGUCAGAGGGUAUCAGAGGUAUCGGAGGGUGUCAGAGGGUAUCAGAGGUAUUGGAGAGUGUCAGAGGGUAUUGGAGGGUGUCAGAGGGUAUCAGAGGUAUCGGAGGGUGUCAGAGGGUAUCAGAGGUAUCGGAGGGUGUCAGAGAGUAUCGGAGGUAUCAGAGGGUGUCGGAGGUAUCAGAGAGUGUCGUAGGCUAUUGGAGGGUUUCAGAGGGUAUCGGAGGUAUCGGAAGGUGUCAGAGGGUAUCGGAGGAUGUCGGAAGGUAUCGGGGGUGUCAGAGGGUAUCGGAGGGUGUCGGAUGGUGUCAGAGGGUGUCGGAAUACAUCAGAUGGUGUCAGAGGGUAUCGGAUGGUGUCGAGGGUGUCAGAGGGUAUCGGAGGGAAUCGGAGGGUGUCGGAUGGUGUCAGAGGGUAUUGGAGGGUGUCAGAGGGUAUCAGAGGUAUCGGAGGGUGUCAGAGGGUAUCAGAGGUAUUGGAGAGUGUCAGAGGGUAUCGGAGGGUGUCGGAGGGUAUCGGAGGGUGUCAGAGGGUAUCAGAGGGUGUCGGAGGUAUCAGAGGGUGUCAGAGGGUAUCAGAGGGUAUCGGAGGUAUCGGAGGGUGCCGGAGGGUAUCGGAGGGUUUCAGAGGGUAUCGGAGGUAUCGGAGGGUGUCGGAAGGUAUCGGGGGUGUCAGAGGGUAUCGGAGGUAUCGGAGGGUGUCAGAUGGUAUCGGAGGUAUCGGAGGGUGUCGGAGGUAUCAGAGGGUGUUGGAGGGUAUCGGAGGGUGUCAGAGGGGAUCGGAGGGUGUCAGAGAGUAUCAGAGGGUGUCGUAGGCUAUCGGAGGGUUUCAGAGGGUAUCGGAGGUAUCAGAGGGUGUCGGAGGUAUCAGAGAGUGUCGUAGGCUAUUGGAGGGUUUCAGAGGGUAUCGGAGGUAUCGGAAGGUGUCAGAGGGUAUCGGAGGAUGUCGGAAGGUAUCGGGGGUCAGAGGGUAUCGGAGGGUGUCGGAUGGUGUCAGAGGGUGUCGGAAUACAUCAGAUGGUGUCAGAGGGUAUCGGAUGGUGUCGAGGGUGUCAGAGGGUAUCGGAGGGAAUCGGAGGGUGUCGGAUGGUGUCAGAGGGUAUUGGAGGGUGUCAGAGGGUAUCAGAGGUAUCGGAGGGUGUCAGAGGGUAUCAGAGGUAUUGGAGAGUGUCAGAGGGUAUCGGAGGGUGUCGGAGGGUAUCGGAGGGUGUCAGAGGGUAUCAGAGGGUGUCGGAGGUAUCAGAGGGUGUCAGAGGGUAUCAGAGGGUUUCAGAGGGUAUCGGAGGUAUCGGAGGGUGUCGGAUGGUGUCAGAGGGUGUCGGAAUACAUCAGAUGGUGUCAGAGGGAAACUAG